GUAUGUGUGUGCGUGUGUGUGUGUGCUCGUGCGCAUACAGAAAGCUCCCCCUCAGCUCGCCUGCUCCUCUCGCGCUCUGCUCCGUCUGUACAGGCGCAGUGUGUGCAGCAGCAGCAGCGUGUGCAGCUCGCAGCUCGGGCUGGCCUCCCUCCCUCCCUCUCCGCGCACUGAAUGGACUAGAUUCCCAGCCACGUAAGAAGCACAGCGGCACCACGGGAGAGAGGAUGUCCUGCUGAAUCAAGGGGAUAGGCCUGGGAAAGUCGGCCGGCCGUCCCUUUUCCUUUCCUUUCUCUUCCAGCAGCAGCAGACAUAACGACACUGACGGACACUUUUCCUCCUUAUUUGGACAGAAAGAGAGAAGACGUCGACUCCCGCAUACAAAGAGCCACAGCAGUCUUUCCGGAUGGGGGUUUCUGCUCCUGUGGUAGAUGACAAUCACCGUGCAUGGAUAUGAUCCUGGGGAACAAGGCCGUGCACUGACCUGGUUAUAGUUAGCCAAUGAUGCUAACUAGUUAGCUCUGCACCUGCUAGCCAUCAUUUGUCCGAGAUAUUUUGGCGAAAUUAACUCGCUUUAUUUACAUAACUUUGAGCUUUCCGUGCCUGCAAGCUGAAUCCGACAAUUUGUUUCCAUUUAAUGAAACGUGCCAUACUUAAAAACCGGCAAGAUAAGCUAGCACACAGCUGCGGGAUAACUAGCACUCUCCAUUCAUUGUAAAAAUCGGACUUUUUUGUAGCAUUUGUUCCAGUUUUGUUGCACUUGAACGCACCACCGACGUUAAUGAGAUUGCAGCGAGUCUGUGCGAAAGGUUUUCAGUCGACGUGGGGCAGUAAAUCUCUCAAUUUAACCCGACCUUAUCUCCUGAAUGGAAAACAAAGGGGGUCAAAUGUACAGCUGAACUCUGCAAAGAGAAAAUUACAGACCUCCAUUUGAGGCCGAUUUGCUUGUUGAUUCCCAUCGAUUUAAAACUCAAUUAAGGUUAUUUGACAACCUGUGAUUUUGCACUGUGGUGCCCUUAUCGAAGAGGAGGAGAAGACCGAGCUUUUGUGGAGUUAUCUCACUUAUUCCUCAUGAACAUACAGAGGUCAAAUCCUAUUAACAUUUCACGUUAUGGGAGAUCACGGCACAAAUCACACGAUUUUGAAGAAUUAUCUUGUUUGAGGACUACAGAGUCGCAUCAGAGUUUCAGUCCAAACCUCGGGUCCCCCAGCCCGCCGGAGACCCCGGACUCCUCUCACUGUAUCUCCCGCAUCGGGGACUACCUUUUGUUGGAACCACUGGAGGGAGACCACGUUUUCAGAGCCGCCCACCUGCACAGCGGGGAAGAGCUCGUAUGUAAGGUGAGUAGGCAGCGUGAUCGAUCAAACCUACCUUCGUGCUCCCACAAUAGCCUCUGUACUUAUUUGAUGUACACCAAAAGCAGCAUUUACAAGAGAGUGCAAUGUUCCUACACACUCUGAACCUUUCCUUUCAUUGAUACAUAACACUUGAUGCUUUUACGCACGAAAUCCAAAGCUUUUACGCACUAAAUCCAAUGCUUUUACGCACAUGGAUACUUAAAUCUUUGGGGUUUUUUUUGCUUUUGAAUAUUUGCUUGAAUUAAUACAUAACACUUGAUGCUUUUACGCACAAAAUCCAACGUUUUACGCACUAAAUCCAACGCUUUUACGCACAAGGGAUACUUAAAUCGUUGGUUUCUUUAAGCUUGGCUUUUGCAGGGAGUCCACAGCUCCCCGCUUUUGAAUAAUUGUUUGAAUUGUAAAUAGAGAGCUGGCACAGCAGCCUAAUGGAAAAAGUGAAUGGGGCGAGCUGCGUGGUUUGGAUUGCAUGAUGUAACGCUGACAAAGGAGUGAGUAACCACGCACACACAUUGUGCUAUUCUCGCUUACCCGUGGCUUCUCGCUUUCCUUGCAUGUGCCUUUUUAACAGUAUUAUUUCACUCGUGGUUGUCAAUAUGGUGCAAAAAAAAAAAAAGAGAAUCAUUUUUUGCACAUUUCAGGACAGCUGUUUUUCGAUAGCAGUUGUGUGAAAAAAGGAGCACACAGUGGGGCCGAGGGAAUUGCACAAGUUUAACCAGCUGUGACAUUGGCACCGGCUCUGACCCCACUCACCAUAAAAAUGACACCACUUCUCCCUAAAAGUCUAAAACCUAGAACACAUAACCUUCACUCACCUCAUUUAUAGGCCAUAUUGACUUUCCUAUAUGGUGGAUUAUAAGGCCAGUGGGGUCGUCCCUGAGGUACAUUCCAGCUGUAAGCAGGCUUAAGUGGCUGUGUGAAUUGAGAGGAUAGUUACAUGUACCACUGGGCUUAUAAGACAUGACAUAUCCAAUAACCAGUACCUUUUGACUCCGGAUAAUGUUUCGUCAUGGCAAUAACAAAUUAAUGGCCUUUUGGCUCUGCCUGUAGAGACUGCCUUUUGACCUCAUCUGCUUUGUGCCACUUUCAAUACAGCACAAAUCAAUCAACACUUCCGUGACUGAUCAUUACGGCCAUUCUUUGGUGGAUUACUGCCGAGCUGGGAGUCUAUGUAACAGUGAGGGGUGUAUUCAUAUUGACUGCAAGCAGAGGAGCCCUCUCACCUGAACUGGUUCUGCUGAAAGUCAAUUGGGGGGUGGUUACUAUGGAAACAAAAGAGACACUGCAACCUGGGGCUACCAUACAGUACUCCUCACUAACUGCUGCUUUGGUUUUCUCUUGAGUAAGGUUGAUUUUUGGUGGCACAAAAAAUGUGGCACAGUUACAAAACAGCCGAGUUUAAAUAUAGUUGUUUGUCCUGAAAUGCACACCAUCAAAACAAAUGUUCUCCUAUGAUUGCAGGUGUUCGAAAUAGGCCGAUACCAGGAGUCACUGGCGGCCUACUUCGCCCUGGGUCAGCACCAACAUAUUAACCAAAUCCUGGAGAUUUUGCUCGGGGAGACGCGAGCCUAUGUGUUCUUCGAGAGGAGCUAUGGCGACAUGCACUCAUUCGUCCGCACCUGCAAGAAGUUGCGGGAGGACGAGGCAGCCAGACUCUUCUAUCAGAUAGCCUCGGCUGUGGCACAUUGCCACGACAACGGACUAGUCCUCCGUGAUCUGAAACUGAGGAAGUUUGUCUUCAAGAACGAGGAUAGGUGAGUUUUGCAAAAGCCACAGAGUCACUGAGCAUGUUACCGCUAAUUUUCUGUUUCAUCUGUGCAUUUUGUUUGAGUCAUUAUCAUCUGUGUUAUAACUCGGCUUGCAUCAGUGACAACAGGCACUGACAUGCGUCUCCCAGAUGUUACGCAGAGUGUAGGAAACCUGAACCCCGUGUGUCUCCCUGUUUCUCUUUUUGUGCACGAGGUUAAAAUAUGGAUGUGACUCAUGUUUACAGUAUUUUCAGCAUAAUCAGGCACAGAAGAGUCCAGGACUGCUUCUUACGUGAUUAAGGCAAGCUUUGCUCAGGCUGCACUCCUGCAGUGAUCAGCAUAGGAAAUCUGUAGACUCACAUUUAUGCAAUGCAAGUUUACUGACCCCUGGUGGCAUCAUUGGGUAACUACGUUAAAAUACAGGCACCUGAUGCCCCUGGCAACUCAGAGCACUUUUUAAACAAUUAAGAUAUGUGUUAAUUUUUUAAUUGAUAGAUAUUCAUUCUCUAGACAUUUUCUGCACUUUUUAAAAAAACAAACACUCACGCUGCAGCUUUAGAGAGAGACCUCUUGACAGUUUAAAGCUCUCUAUCUUUGAGCGUGAUGUCAUUCUUUGGCUCUUACUUUGGAAAAGAGAAGUUGAGCUGCCUCACAUAUUCAGUACCAGUUCACCGACCUUGAAUGCUACACCAGGCGUCUGCUGGGAUGCCCAGCCACCCACUCCCAUUAAAUGAUUGAUGCCGGGGUGAAUUUUUAGAGUGAUCAUGCAGGACAGUGUGAGGUUGCACUGACCAUACAAUCCGUCAAGAAUCCCCUUACGUCUUUUUUAGCGCACCUGGCAACAGAGUUGGAGUUGGAGGCGAGGUUUGAAUAGAGACAUGAAACACAAGGAUCUGAUCUGGCCUGAGCCCAAGUUUGAGACAAAAAGUUGUUGUGUCUGCAAGCAGGAGGGGAAAAAAAACAAGAUUAGGCUUUAUAUUCAACCUGAGCAGGCUUCUCUUGGAUCUGUUUGCUCCCUGACUUCCACAGUUGCUGAAACAGGUCCUGUUUUCUUCUACCGCCAGACUCAUGACACAUUUGGGGAUUUGUGCCUCAUAAAAAUGGGCUAAGUCUCUCUUUUUUUUGUUGUUUUGCUAAGCCCUCUAAAGAGUAAUUGCAUGUUUGCACAUGUGCUCCGAAUAUGCUCAGAUCCUGAAACACUUUAUUUGUAAAAAAAAAAAAAACACAUGGCAUUUAAUCUUCCAAUGGAACAAUGGGUAUUUGGCUCUGGAAAACAAUAGAACUUACUGAUUUUGCAAAAUGUACAAAGGCUUUACUUCUGAUCAAUGAAAGCAAAUCAAAAAUUUAAACAAAGACCCAUAUAGCUGGCUCAUGUGGAAGUGUGUGCAUGCGCUCUUAAAUAUGUCAUUCAUAGUUGAAAGAUCCUAUCACGUGCUCCGGCUUUUUGUUUGCGACAUCAAGUCUCAUUGUCCUCGCGCACAGAUGGCAGCGUUUGCACAACCACACAUCUUUUUCCACGAACGCACAAAACGCUCUUACCUGAGGCCUCUCGAGAUUCUUUUGUGACGAUUCAUCUCAGCUGCCAGGCAUCAUGAUCGCUCCUCAAGCGUAGCAACAUCGCUGGGGUUCAGAGGAGAGAGUGAAUGGAUGUUUUUUUUUUUUUUGACAGGAAAGAACAGGAGACAGAAAUCCAAAAGGUCCUUGAGUCUUUUUGAGCAAAACAGCCGAUCAGCUGCCCCCUAGUUGUGUCUUUUGAACAGUGGAGGUCUUUUGUAAAAGCUUUUUGCAAGUUGGUGCUUUUAUCACAGUGAAAGGAAAUGUCAAACUUAAGCUCAGAGCAUUAUGUGCUCCACUUCCUCUGAUAUCCGAAAGCGAUGGAUCUAAAACACUCAGGAUGUCCCUCAGAGCAAAUUACACCACUCAAGCGUCUUGUGUAUCGAGUUUUUUUGUCCGUUGGCAUCCAAAGAUCAGAACUAUGAUGUCCAUCUUCCUUGGUUCUCUGUGUCCUCUGCUUUGUAAAACAGUAUCAUCAUUUUCAAUGUGUCUGUCCCCUUUUCUUCUGUGUUGUCAGGAGUCUUGUAAAGUUGGAGAGCCUUGAGGACACUUAUAUCCUGGACGGUCAUGAUGACUCCCUGUCAGACAAACAUGGCUGCCCCGCGUAUGUCAGCCCUGAGAUCCUCAAUGCCAACGGCAGCUAUUCGGGGAAGGCAGCUGAUGUCUGGAGCUUGGGCGUAAUGCUUUAUACAAUCCUUGUGGGGCGCUACCCUUUCCAUGACGUUGAGCCCGGCUCUCUGUUCAGUAAAAUCCGCAGGGGCCACUUCAACAUACCUGAAACACUCACACCCAAGGCCAAGUGCCUGAUCCGCUCCAUCCUCCGCCGGGAACCCGCAGAGCGCCUCACCUCUCGGGAGAUUUUGGAGCACCCCUGGUUCGCCUCAUCCGGGGCGCUAGGGGGAGCUGCGGCGCACGGCAGAGGAGAACGAGAGCAGGAGCAGAUGGUGCCUGAGGUAAACAUGGAAGAAGAGCUGGAACAGUUCUUCAGCUGAGCAAACAGCAAGCACAAACGGACGACUCUGCCACGGUCGGCUCGCCACGUUCACAGUAGAGCCAAAAACAGUAGUUUAGAGAUUAAUAGGUGAACAUUUGUCACUCAUAAUAAAGGUGUUUCCAUCCUGUUUCCUUUUCCACCAUUUCAUGGAAAACCUUGAGCCUGGCAUGACAAAUGGCAUCUCUACGUCACCUGGCAAGGCACCUCCCGGUCUGGGAAGUUGUUGCCAGACAUGCAAGUUGCAAACAAUGUAGCAAAAUGUUCUUUUUUCUUUUUUUUUUUGGAUCUGUUUUGGUUUAAUGUGGUGCUCACAAAGGUAGAUGCAUUCACCAUUUUUGACACUAUGGAAAGCAUGAAGGGACAUUAGCAAAACAGGAAACUAAGGAGAACAGUUCAAAACAAAAAAACUGACAAACUGCAACACCACACCUUACUUCGAUUUACUUUGUCCCGGCUUGAGGUGCUUACAAUUCGAAAACCACAGACCCACAGUCAGACAUAACAACCACAAGUUCUUAUGUUGAACAAAUACAAGGUGGUUAUUAUCCCUGACCUGGGAUUGGUGGUUGGCAAACGGAGCAGCUUUGGCAUUUUUUUCUUUUCAUUAUCAUCAACAACAUGGUUGACCUCGUCUUUGUUUUGUAUUUUGUCCUCAUUCGUCUGUUUUGUUAUUCGUAAUAAUGCUGACAUCGUCACUAAACCCCCUUGACGGCCUUGUUUUCAGUAAUUUGUAUGUUUCUGCAUUCUCGUCUCUUUUCACUCUUUUUUUUUUUCCCCCCACCCUCCUUUGUUUAAGCUAUUCCACUCUGUUUUUACUGCUGCUUUAAAAUCACUCCCUACACCUCAAUAUUAAACUGGUUUUUUUUUUCUUGGUAAGCCUCCAAACAUGGCAUCAUGCACUUGAUGUGUUGGGUGAAUGGACAAUUCCACCUUUUAAAAAAUUAGCUUCCUCUUAUUUAAAUUCACUCUUCGGUUGUAGGAAAGAGAACGUAACAUUUAUUUAAAUUGUAACAGCUAUAUAUAUAAAUCUAAAAAAAUAUAUAUAAAUAAAUAUAUAUUUAAAACUACAUUGCAGGGUUUUUCUUUUUUCAGAGAUUCCUUUUUCAUGUAUGAUGUAGGCAAUAUCCUGACACAGGACAGGCACAAAGGAAAAUGUCUGUCUGAAGUUUUAGUAUACACGAUAUCUUUUUGUGCCAGUAUUCUGGUGCCCCGACAAGCCCCAUGCCACCCGGUCUCCCUCGUUUCCUUUUUCAAAACUUGAUAUGAGAUAUUCAGUGAUAGUAUUGCUAUGACAUGCUCACACCAGGACCUCAUGUUAGUUUUUUACUGCCUGCGUAGGUUCUGUGAAACGAUCACACUCGGAAUGGGUACCAGUGGACAUGUUUUGUCGUAUCUCAAUGUUACUUGAAUUUGUGUUUUUAAUCUAGUCAAUGGCAUGUGCCCCAUGAAUGCUAUAGCCUGCCUAGCAGGGUGGGGAGGGAGGGGUGGGAGGGUUGGGUGCUUGUUUUUUAAGAAAACGUUAAAACCAUGAAAAUUCUCACUUUGCUACUUUUCUGAGUUGCUUUUCAUUAAAUAAAACAACUAUUGCUUUUUAUUGUUUUUGUAGACUGAGCUACCUUUUAUUUAAGUUGGUGCUGAUUUGGUGCUAAUGUUUAGUCCUUUUUGUUUCAUGGAGGGGGGUGGUGCAUGGUGGGAUAUCUGCCUCAGAUGUUCUGAUUGUAUCGUAACAGAUUCUGGUGUUUUGUCCAAAUUUAUUCAGUAAAUAAAUUGUGAACUGCUA